AUGGUACGCAAAACACCCAGAGGGAAACCCAUCAAAGAGUCCUACAUAAUAUCCAUCUUUGUUAUGACCUUGGGGUGUUCAUUUGCUGGUGAGAUGUUUGGAGAGCACUUCUUGAUUGGGCCUGCUCUUCUGGGUCUGGCAGUGCCUGAAGGCCCACCACUCGGAUCAGCAUUGGUAGAAAAGCUAGAAACCAUGGUCUCAACAGUACUCCUGCCAUUGUUCUACUUCUCCGUGGGUGCCAAAUGUGAUCUCAGUCUAAUCGAUGCUCAUAGCCUUGCAAUUGUGCAGCCUGUGGCCAUAUUUUGCUUCAUUGGGAAGGUGAUAGGAACCCUGGUGGUUUCAAUGUGGUGCAACAUAUCACUCGUUGAUGCUCUCUCCUUAGGUCUUAUUUUGAGUGCCUAA